CUCCUUAAUUAUUAUCUCGAGUCGAGUGGGUGUUCACAAACUAGACACAUUCAACAAUACCGAAACUGAACAGAGACCAACUUCACAACACAUCAGCGUCACAUGGAGCCUACCAAUUUACAGAAAGCUAUAGCCAUAGCCAGCAAAGCUUCACAAGAGGACCAGGCUGGAAAUUAUGAGGAGGCUGUUAAAUCUUAUCAACAUGCGGUGAAAUAUUUUCUGCAUAUAAUAAAACGUGAACCGCAGGGUAAGGAGGGCAAUCAGAAGAUCAGAGAUAAGUGUAAGCAGUAUCUGGACAGAGCCGAAGAGCUCCAAGACUGUCUUGAUAAGAAAGAGAAAGCUAUAGAUCUGGCCAGUAAGGCAGCUCAGGAGGACAAGGCUGAAAACUAUGAAGAGGCCCUGCGUCUGUAUCAACAUGCUGUUCAAUAUUUUCUGCAUGUUGUCAAAUAUGAAGCACAGGGUGAAAAGGCCAAACAAAGCAUUCGGGCCAAAUGUGCCGAAUAUUUAGACCGGGCUGAGAAGCUGAAAGAAUACUUGAAGAAGAAAGAGAAAGCCCCGGCGAAACCCGUGAAGGAGUCUCAGUCCAGCGACAAAGGGAAUGAGAGCGAUGGAGAAGAAGACCCAGAAAAAAAGAAAUUUCAGAAUCAACUUUCAGGAGCUAUUGUCAUGGAGAAGCCGAAUAUUAAAUGGAAUGAUGUUGCCGGGUUAGAGGGGGCCAAAGAGGCUUUGAAGGAAGCCGUCAUUCUGCCAAUCAAAUUCCCACAUCUCUUCACAGGUAAAAGAACUCCCUGGAGGGGCAUCCUUCUCUUCGGGCCUCCUGGAACGGGCAAAUCGUACCUGGCCAAAGCAGUAGCGACAGAAGCCAACAACUCCACCUUCUUCUCCAUCUCCUCCUCUGAUCUGGUAUCUAAAUGGCUGGGAGAGAGUGAAAAGCUGGUGAAGAAUUUGUUCAGUUUGGCCCGAGAGCACAAGCCCUCUAUCAUCUUCAUCGAUGAGGUCGAUUCACUCUGCGGCUCCAGGAGCGAGAAUGAAAGUGAAGCAGCUCGCAGAAUCAAGACCGAGUUUCUGGUUCAGAUGCAAGGUGUUGGUAAUGACAAUGAAGGGAUCCUGGUGCUGGGAGCCACAAACAUCCCCUGGACGUUGGAUUCUGCCAUCAGAAGACGAUUUGAGAAACGUAUCUAUAUUCCUCUGCCGGAGGAACACGCUCGUGGAUUCAUGUUCAAGCUGAAUCUGGGCAGCACACCGAACAGUCUCACCGAGUCAGACUUCAUGACUCUGGGCAAGAAGACGGAUGGUUACUCUGGUGCUGACAUCAGCGUCAUCGUCAGAGACGCCCUCAUGCAGCCCGUCAGGAAGGUUCAGUCGGCCACUCACUUCAAACGGGUACGAGGACCAUCAAGGAAUGACCCGGAUGUCAUAGUCGAUGACCUCUUAACCCCUUGCUCCCCAGGUGAUCCACAGGCUAUAGAGAUGACAUGGAUGGACGUCCCUGGAGAGAAGCUUUUGGAGCCAAUUGUUUCCAUGUCGGACAUGCUGAGGUCUCUCACCAGCACAAAGCCCACCGUCAACGAGCAGGAUCUGGAGAAGCUGAAAAAGUUCACUGAGGACUUUGGACAGGAGGGCUGAACAGAGCUGGUCUCCCCAAACCAAAGCAAACAGAUUGUGAUUGUAACGUCUUCUCUCUUGCCCUUCACACGCCCCUCUCUUCCUUUCGUACCCACGACAAGCCCCCUCAGCUCAGGCUCGAGGCUAGAUGUAAUUUGAAAUGUGUAUCUCUUCAAACCCACCUCAGUUUUUCUUGACAUGCUCUGCCUGCAAAACUGCCAUCAGUACAUUGUGACCAUCAUGCAUCUUUUAUCAUUAAUAAGCAGUCUCACUCAUAAUUAUAUGUGCUUUCUAUGAUUAACACAGUCAGCAGGACCUACAACAGAUGUGCUGUAAGACAAUUAGCAAUUAUAAUUAGUUCCUUUACACAGUGACUAAACAUUUAAAGUAAUACAGUUUUGCUGACCUUCACAUAAAUCUGAAUGAACAACAAGACACGUGAAGAUUUUCCAGCUCCGUUUUAAAAUGCUUUUGUUGGCGGUGAUUUGUUUUGUGGGAGAAGAACUAUUUAAAUGGCUCUUGUUUGUUGUUGCGAAGACCUCUUUGGGCUCUGGUGUAGACUUCACAAGAGAGGAGUCUUUCCAGAGUUGCAUUUUCCUUCUAAUUUGAGAAAGUCGUGCUUCGAAUCUGUGCACUGGCAUUUGACAUAACACUUAGAGAUCUGCAUUUAACAAUUCAGGCGCUCAUAUACUACAUACGGUUUUGUCUCCAUGUACAUUGUUACAUUCAGUAUAUUACUGUAAAAUGUGCUGUUCAUUCACUGAGAUGUGUUCAAGGGCCAGUGUUGGACAUUCGUUAAUUCACUUGCUGAGGCUCAGCACACAAUGUGCCUUCUUUGCAUUUUACUCCUGUUUUUCUCUCUCAAUCUACACACACAUAGAUGCACAAAUACUGAUGCUUGUAGAUGGCUAUAUAACUGUUUUUAUAGGCAGAAGAAUGAUUGGAUGAUAUUUGCACAUUUCAUUAAAAAAAUUUUCAAACAUGUAUAUCAAUCUGUAUGCGGCUCCUAUGCACUCAUAGGUGUUUGGUUUGCCAUUUAAAAACAUAUAAGACAUUGUACUAUUAGAAAAACAGUGUAGAAAAUAUGUAUUUGGUUUGUUUUAAGGAUAAGUGUUGAUAAACUUAUGGUUUCCAGACAGUUUAAAAAUGGUGUAUCUCGUUCAUUUUAAUAUCCACGUGUAAAUAAAGGCUGAAAUGAAACUAA